AUGGCUGAAAAAACUCAUUCAAAAUGGAGUCUUAUCGGUAACUCAACAAACAUUCCAAAUUACCCAACAGUUUUACCACCAGGGAUGGACUCAGUUACAUUACAAUCCGUUUUAUUAAGAGCACAAUUUGAGGAAAUUCAAUUUAAACUGGCUCAUUUAAAGACAGAAGCACCAAGAGUUAUUCAAUUCGAUGAAGUUCUAUCUAAAAAGAAUACAUUAGUUUAUGAUCAAAAUGGAUAUCGAAAAGAUCCAACACAAGUUCGAGCUAGAGAUUCUUUGUUUCAAGAAAGGAAAGAAGUUAUUCAUGCAAUAGAUUCAAUUUACCCAUUAUUUAGAGUUCCAGGUUCAAUUCGCAUUUCAUAUAAAAAAUGUACAAGGAAAUUUUACUUGCCUACACCAAAUUGUAUUGGCCUCAUAUUAGGUCCGCGUGGAGAAUCACUUAAAGAGUUAGAAAGUAGAUACAAAGUUAAAAUCUCAAUUCGUGGUCAAGGAAGUACCCCUGAUUCGCGAACAACAGGAGAAGUUUGCAUUCCCAGAUCACCUGAUGAACCUUUACAUGCAUUAAUUGAAGCUGAUACUGAUAGUGCCAUUGAUAACUGCAUUUCAGAGCUCGAAAUGAUCAUUAUGCCAAAGCCAGACCAAGAAAAUGAGCUGAAGAAGAAACAGCUCUAUCAAUUGGCAGUCUACAAUGGUGUUGUUUCUGCUGAUAGUGCUUUUGAAAAGAAAGAAGAAAACGAAAACCCUCCUUGGUACGAUCCAGCUCUUAACUUAGAUAAUAGCGAAGUUAGAAAUGCUGUUGAUAACUUUGUAAAUGAUUUAGAAACAAAGGAAGAUGAAACAAUUGAACUAGAAAAACAGAAGAAAUUAGAGAAAUACAAACCAUUCAUGAUCAAUCUUCGUGAAUGCGAUAUAUCUAUGAUUCUUCCUGAGAGAGCACCUCCAGGUUUCGAAUAA